AUGGGCAACAACCCUUCUAAGGCCGGCGAAGCGCCGGGCCAUAUCCCUCAAGCUCAUGCCCCCGGCGACCGAAGAGUGGUCCGUCGCCCCUCUCUCAAUGCGAUUCCGACACAGAAAGCCGUCGCGGCUGACCCCUCUGCUACCAGAGAGACAGCCGCCGGUCACCCUGCAGCGUACCACAGCAUCGCCCACCAGCGGCUCCAAUCCCGAAAUGCCGGUGAUUCUCCGGCGGAGAAACCGAUUAGACCCGAAAGACCAGAUGAGAGGAGAUCCGAACAUUCGCAAGGCAAGGACAUCCCCUCGCGGGACACCUCCAACCCGGUACAGGUCCCCGUCUCGCGACAGUCUGCAGAGCGCGACACAAUGGCACCUUCCGCGCCGCCCUUGAACUCGUACUAUAGCGCCUCGCAGCACCUGCAGCGUCCCCCGCGCUUGCCAUUGCCCAUUGGCGAUGCUAAUACCAUACCGGGCUCUCCCAUUAUGGGUCCGGAAGAUUCUCAUAUUCAAUCAAUGCCUACGGACCGCGUGAUGGAUGACCACUUGGGUUCUGAGACUACCGACCGCAGCAGUACUACAAUGGAAGGAGAUGAGGGCGGUGACGAGCUCCAGCCGUAUGCGGCCAGUGGAGUCGGCAAAGCAGUGCCCACCGUCAUUGAGUGGAAUGCACCCGGACAAAAGGUCUAUGUGACAGGAACAUUCGUUAACUGGGAAAAGAAGUUCAAGUUGCACAGAAGCGAGAAUGGCUCCGUGAUGACGACAACAUUGAACCUGCGUCCAGGUACGCAUCACCUCAAGUUCAUAGUCGAUGGAGAAAUGCGGGCUUCAGAUACUCUUCCCACCGCCGUCGACUUUACGAAUCACCUAAUCUUCUGCUCCCCUGGGGACCGCACUGCUCAGUCCGAGCAGGACAGUUCCAAGGUUGGCCCAGAGGACGAGGAACCUCCAAAAAAAGAACUCGAAGAAGAGGUUUCUCCGGGCGACUUUGGUAAUGCCAUUCCCCAGUUCCUCGCUGACCUGGACCUGGAGGAAGACCACCCAGCCUAUACCCAGGCUGCCAAUGUCAUUGGGGACACUGCUACCCCUCCCAGUCUGCCUCUCUUCUUGGGUAAAUCGAUUCUCAAUAGUACCACCCCGACCAAGGAUGAUAGCAGUGUUCUGAACUAUCCUAACCACACUGUUUUGAACCACCUUGCCACGAGCAGCAUCAAGAAUGGUGUUCUUGCUACAAGUGUCACAACCAGAUAUAAGCGAAAGUAUGUCACAACCAUCUUGUACAAACCAACCAGCCAUAUCACCGGGGAGUGA